GGAAAUACAGUCACUAUUUUGAGUUUAUGUCAGCUAAAGACGACAAUAUUUAGGCUUGUUCUCUGUGCUGGAGACAAAGUGCUAUCUAGCUUCAAAAACACGUCAAAUUUGAAGAAACAUUUGGAGUCGCAGCACUGCACAAUCAAACUUACACCAGGUGGAGCGAAGCAGAGAGCUGAGACUAAAGCAGGAGGUCCCCCACCACCAAAACAACAAAAGCUGGACUUCGGUGCAAAACCACUGCUGCAUGAAGCUGCGGCCAUGAAUGACACCACGGAAGUAACCCUAUUUCAUAUGCCUGUCAAAGCUGUGCUCUCUAUGCUGCCAUGUCUUUUCUUUCUCUAUGUAAACGCUGUCAUGCUGUUCGCCUUGUUGAGCAAGCCUCUCCUCCUGGAGACCCCCCGUUAUAUCCUGUUUGGUCAUUUACUUUUUGCUGAAUCUCUGCAGCUUAUAAUGACCAUGUUGAUGUACAUCUUUGCUGUGACCAUGGUCAGAAUGAAGAGCUACAUUUGUAUUAUUCUCACAAUAUUUGCAACCUUCACUUUUAGAAUAUCCCCCUUAAACCUUGCUGUGAUGUCUAUGGAGAGAUAUGUUGCCAUCUGUUUUCCACUGAGGCAUGCAGGUAUUGUAACCACCAGGACGACAGCAGUGGCUAUCGCUGUGAUGUGGACGGUUGCCUCUGUAGACUUGUUCACACAGCUGUUUUUCUUUGUAAGUGUAGAGAAUACAAACUACACUGUGCCGAGGUUUUGCCACAGACAACUCUUCCGGCAACAAAUUCAUACAACUAUAAACAAUGCGUUCAUCAUUGUGUUAUUUGUAUUUGUAAUUAUGGUUAUUAUCUACACUUUUUUUGCUAUCAUGAUCACUGUUAAGUCAGCAUCUUCUUCUUGUUCUACUGAGAGCAAAGGCAGUAAGGCUUAUAAAACAGUGCUGUUACAUCUGCUGCAGCUGUUUCUGUGUCUCAUCUCCACUGUGUUUAAUACGAUAAACUCAGACAGCCAUUGGCAGAGUAAUCUCGCCAUCGCCACACUUGUCCAGUAUGCUCUCUUUUUAUGCCUUAUCAUUUUCCCUAAGUGUUUAAGCCCACUUAUAUAUGGCCUCAGAGAUCAAAACUUCAGACAUGUCUUCAUAUUCUAUUUCACCUUUGGCUUCAAAAUCACUACUAAGACGCUUCCUACGGUAUGA